AUAUAACAUUAUCAAGACACCAUCCCAGCCUUUCAUUUCGUCCGCUCAUCCAGAGAGAGAGAGAGAGAGAGAGAGAGAGAGAGAGAUUUCAAUGCCUAGAAGAUCAUAUAGUACGUAGAAUUCAGUUUUCAGGCCAUGGCUGAUAAUCAAAGGAUCCACCCCGUAGAGGCCGAAGCAUCCACAUCAGAUCCAUUACCACCAUCAUCAGAGCCAUUACCAACAACCGAAUCGUUCAGAUCAGAGAAAGACGAAUCAGACCAUGAAAUCCCAGCAGAAGGUCUCACAUUACCUGAUCCUGAGCCCGACCAAGAGGCCCCAAGCAAUCGGAGACGUUGUUACAAGUGCUUAUGUUGGACGGCUAUCGUAUUUCUUGUCCUCAUCAUCCUGAUCGGCGUCAUCAUAGGCAUACUCUUCUUAAUUUUCCGGCCAAAAAUACCAAAAUACUCCUUCGACAGUCUAAUGAUCACCGACUUCCAGAUCAAGCCUAACUUGAGUGUAUACGCCCGAUUCGACCUGAAGAUCACCACCCGCAAUCCGAAUAAGAGGAUCGGAAUCUACUACGAGCGAGGGAGUAAUGUAAGUGUGUGGUAUACCAACAUUAGCCUGUGUACCGGGUCACUGCCGAAUUUCUACCAAGGCCAUCGGAACACGACCAUCCUCCACGUCAUCUUGACCGGAGAGGUCCAGUUCAGUAGUACGGUGGUGGCAGAGUUACAAGAGCAACAACGGAUGGGUCGGAUACCGUUGGAUUUUAAAGCUAGAGUUCCUGUGAGAGUGAAGCUUGGGAAAUUGAAGUUAUGGAAGAUGAGAUUCUGGGUCUGGUGUAAGUUGGCGGUUAGUAGAUUGAGUGCUAAUAAUCUUAUUAACAUUAGCACUAGUAUUUGCCAUAAAAGGUUCAAGAUUUGAUAUGUUUAUC